ACAGUCCCGGAUGUUGUAUACAUCGAUACACCGUGCGACAAAGGUGCGCUAAUCAACUAUGUCCAAGUCAGAAUAUGUAUUAGACGAAUUACUGAACUUUCUUGGAGAGUCAGUAUUCCAAGAUGCUGUCAAAUUAUUUAUGGAGUAUAAUCUGGCAAGUAUGUAUACAAUAAUGGUUUUAUAACAUUUUAGAUAGGCCUAUUUGAAUUAUAUAUUAUUUUAUGACGACAGUCUUCGAUCCAAAUCUAUCGGAAGAUCAGUAUUUUCAAGAGCAUUACGAUGUCCAUAAAAAAUAUCAAAAAUUGGUAAAUAUAUCUCUGUUAUACAGUAGAUGUCUAUAUAUCAAUUUAUAAAAAAAAUAUAAGCUGUUUAAAUACAUUUAUGAAGAAGAAAAAGAAGAAAUAAUAAUGAUAUACCUCAUAAAUAUAUGAAUAUGUAUUUAUGCAUAAUAUACUCAUAAAUUAAUACAAUUUAAUAUAAAAUACGAUGCCUUAAGUAAAACAUAAGCAAAAAUAAAUUAGUAAUCAUUGAAUAAUUAAUGAGAAUUUUAUCAAUACUUUUUUCAGAUUGACGAUUUAUUAGACGCUUUUUGCAAAGAUGCAAAAGUUAGCAAACAAGACGUUAUUAAAGGUUUAGAUCAACUUUCUUCUAAUCCCGAUAUUAAAGAAGUUUUUAGCGUAAGUUUCUCUUGUAAUAUAAUUAACAAUAUAUUGGAAAAAUUAUUAGUAGCAUGUAUUAAUGAAUAAUUGUACUUGGGUAAUUCGUUCUUUAAAAGUAUAUAAAGUAUAUAUAUAUAUAUUUAUAUAUGAUAUAUAUAAACAGUAAUUUCUGAUAGAUAAUUCAUCGUUUGAGCUUUCUAUUAUAGAAAAUAAAACCAUAAAGGUAUUAGACAGACAUUUCUAUUAUUUCUUUUUGAUUGCUUCAACUUUUUCAAUCACGGUUUAAUAAUGUAGUUUAAUCAAAUAUUAUCGCUACCUUUUUUUAUCAUUACUAAAUGCUAGACUAAAAAGAAAAGUAAUAGUAAAAUUAUUUUUUGCGGGGGCCUAUUUUCAUACGUAUUGAUUAUUGGCUCAGUGACGUCACAAAGACAAUUGACGUUAUUGACGGAUGUCUAAAAAUUGUCUUUUAUACAAUGUUAACUGAUAAUCUGAAAGGAUUUUUUUUCUUCCUUUUAUAUAGCUUUAUUUUGAACAAAUUAUGGCAGCCAAUGAUUUUAGAGUUUUCGCAAAUGUCAUCACGAGACAUAAUAUUGUUGCUCAACAGCAGGUCCUAUUUUUACUUAUUAAAAAACUUGGACGUUUACCUGAUUCUAUGACACCUCAAGAUGUCGCGGCUGUUGCUGAAGCUGCGCCCAGUUUGGAUCCGGAAGAUGAAAAAUUACUUAAAGAAAUUGUCAAGAAAUCCUUAGAAGAAGAAAUUAAGAAAGAAGAGGCCAAAGAGAGUGUUCAACACGCAACUUUUGCUAAGGAAGAAGCAGCUGUACUAGAAAAUAGAAAGGCCGAACUAGAGCAGGAUUUUAUUAAAAUGGGACUUGAAGAUAAAGGAAGCGCGAUGCCUUCAAAACCAUCAUCGAAAGCUCCCGAACCUGCUAAAGCUAGGGGCUCGUCAUCCAAAGGACGACCACAAGGUCAACCAGAGAGUGGAAAUGCAAAAAAUCUUCCAAAAGUAGGAAGCGGCAUUACUCCAAUAACUGGCGCACAGGCAGCAAGUUCCUGGCUAGCAGCUGCUAAAUCAGAGAACACGGGACCCAGUAAUACGAUGGCUCUUCUGCAACAAAUGAAGAAAAUGUCCCCAGACGAGUUAGCGAAACGUCAAGCUUUCUUAAAUAGUCAAAGAGACAAAUUAUUGGCUAUGAAGAAAGCUAAACGUGAAGAGAAGCUGGCAGAUGAAAGUACUGCCAGAGCUAGGCCAACAUCAGCGAGAGUUGCGAGAAAUGCAGCAAAUCCUACCCUAGCAGCAGAUCCAGAAGACGAAAAGAAAAUGGCAAUGAGACGAGCAAUAGCGAAUAAAUUGAAACAAGAAGUUAUCGGUAAGCAUUCCUAAGUAACUAUGAAGUAACGAUAUAAAAAAAAGUGAAUCAAAGAUACGAAGAAGAGAAAUCAACCAAAAAAAAACAAAUCAAAAUCUAAAAUCUAAAUAUAAAUGAAAUAAAAAAAAUGAACGAAAUAUUCUGAUUAUAUUAAAAUAGUACGAAUAUUAUUGGACCAUUCAUAAAUUUUAUGAUAAAGUACAUAUACUAAUAUUAGCAAAAUCAAAACCAGUCUACUAGUUUUUUCGUGGUACAAUCAACAUAUUUAUACAAUAAAAAAAGUGUUAAAUACUCAAAAUAUGAAUGUUAUACUUCACUUUAUAACUUUAAUAUAUAUAUUUUCUUUUUUUUUCCCUCUGAUCUUCUCCUUGUGAAUUAAACAAACACAAAAAAAACAACAAAUACAAAUAUAAGAUGGUCGAGUUAAAUUGACUUAAAACUUACGGAAAUGAAAAUAUGAAGGUGAGAAAGAAGCGAAAGAUUGAAAGAGAUAAAACAAACAUAUAUAUAUAUAUAUAUAUAUA